ACAUCGUUUUCCGACCUAAAACCAAAAAUAUAAAUAAUCUCUCAGUUAGUUAAUAAUUGAAGAACUGCUUUUUUCGUGAAAUAUAUUAUUAAAAGCUAAUUCGGGACGAUGAAAAAUUCGUGUCUAUACCUCGAUUGUCUCACAAGAAAAUAAUGUUGUCAAUUUACUAUGAACUCUCCGCGGACAACGAAGACAAACAUACAUAGAAACACAUUUAACAAAAUACAAUUAUCAGUUGAGCUUCAUUAAGGAAUCGAUCGGCAAACGAGGAAAAAACAUCAAUUUAUAAAAAAAAGAAAGAAAAAUGAAGUCGCCUCCGUUAGAUUUGCAAGACGAUCAGAAGUUUGCACUCAUGAAGUUCAAAAGGAAUAUACGAGACGUACUGAAGCCCGAACAUGAUGAUAUCUAUUUAGUGCGAUGGUUAAAAGCACGAAAAUGGAAUCCCGAAGCAGCUGAAAAAAUGUUUCGUGAGUCCUUGAAAUGGCGCGAAACUCGUAAUAUUGAUAACAUUCAACAAUGGAAUUCGACUCACAAUCUCGACCCGUACUAUCCUUAUGGCUUUAUGGGAUUUACUGAACAAACAAAUUAUCCGUUUGUCAUCAUUCCGUUGAAAGAUCUGGAUGUUAAUGGGUUUUUACGAUGCUUGUCGAAAGGAGAUCUUGUGAGAGCUGUUAUCAAAUUGAUCGAAUAUCAUGUAAAUAUGGCACAUGAACACAGCAAAACCCAUGGAUAUAAUGCCACGCAGUUCAUUGUUCUCAUAGACAUGGAUGGCUUCUCUGUGAGACAAUAUUUGACAAAACAAGUUUUGGACAUAUCUGUUAUCUUAGCCAAAGUAUACGAAGCAAAUUAUCCAUGCAUGCUGAAAAAGGUUUUCAUCAUAAACGCUCCCGCCAUAUUUACCGUUGCAUUUAACGUGCUAAAGAAAUUUCUGAGUGCCGAGACAAUUGGAAGUGUCAAAAUUAUGAAUAGCGAUCGAAAGAAAUGGCAAGCGGCAAUUAUGGAGGUUAUUCCGAAAGAAAUUCUUCCGAAACAUUAUGGGGGUUUACGUGUUGAUGCGAAUGACGAUCCUCGAUGUGCUGCUAACAUUUGUUAUGGAGGCAAGAUUCCGUCGGAAUUCUAUAUGACGAAACAACCGAGUAUCGAUAGUCUAAGUGCGGAACUUGAAAAUCUUGAAACUGAAUUUAAUGCUGUGAUAUUGAAGGAAAAUGUGUAGAAAAACGUUUGAUGUUUGAUGCACACGAACAAAUGGAAUUGAAUUUCUUUACAUUUUAUCUUAGAUUUUUUUUAAAUGGUUAAUUUUUAAGUUUAGUAGUUAGAUACAAAUUGGGAAGUUAGAUUUUAUAUAUUUACAAAACAAGACUAAAUAUGGCCUAUGGUCGAAUCUCUUUCUUACUAUUCUUAAACACAAGAAAACUCUAAAGUUAACAAAAUGCCCUUAACUCAGUUAAAAAUGAAAACAGGCUAUCAAAAUAUAUGUAUGUAUAUUGGAAACCAAAAAGCUCAAGUAGAAAAAAAAAUUUAAUAUUACUUAGCAAAAUUGUUAUUUUUUGAAUAAUGAAAAUUUUUAAUGUGAUUUGAACCAUUUUCGAUUUCACACUCUUAAAAGUGUUAGCGAUAGGGU